CUUGAAGAACACAGUCACAGAAUUGCAUGGUGGGAGCAUCCCCGUUUCUGGCCUGCAUCUCAUAACCUGCACUCAUCGGGUUUUUUUAUUGAAGGCUUUGUGAGCAGAUUUUUUGCAGCUGAUUACAUAGAUUGUGUUUCCUUGGUUUGCCGCAUAUAACGUCAGAUCGGUUCACAGCCCGUCUCAAAGACCAUAUCAGGCCACCGCUUUUUGAUGUGGAAACCUCGGAUUUGAGGUGUACGCCGCUGCACAUCGACGACAUAUCGUCGAGCGAUCUUAUCACAUCGUGAUAUUUGAAGCACUGGACGGGACAUCACCAAGUCUGGGGAACCGAGCAGCUCCUAUGGCGGACGUCCCUAUGCCAGAUGCAAAGCCAGCAGGAAGCAGCGGCAAACACCGGGUCGUAACAGCGCCCACCUACAGCCUGCAGAUUACACUCAGAGGCCAUACAUUGGGAGUGGUGUCAGUCAAGUUCUCGCACACUGGCGCUUACCUGGCGACUGCGUCUGCUGACAAGACCGCCAAGAUCUGGGACAUCUUCACCGGCAAGUGCCUGCACACGCUGGAAGGGCACACCAAGGGGCUGUGUGACGUCAGCUGGGAGCACCGGGACAGAUAUCUCGCCACAGCGUCCGAUGACAACACGCUGAAGCUGUGGGAAGUUGCCAGCGGGGAGUGCCUGCGCACACUGGAGGGCCACACACACUAUGUCUUCUGCUGCGCUUUCAACCCCGUCAAGCCCAUCCUGGUGAGCGGCAGCUUUGACGAGACUGUCAAGGUGUGGGAUGCCAUGAGUGGCAAUUGCCUUAAGACUCUGCCGGCGCACUCGGACCCAGUAACUGCGGUGCACUUCAACCGGGACGGGUCGCUGAUCGUGUCGGCCUCCUACGACGGCCUCAUCCGCAUCUGGGACUCCUCAGACGGCAAGUGCCUGCGGACAAUCAUGAUGGAUGCGCAUCCCCCGAUCUCCCAUGUCCAGUUCUCGCCAAACGGCCGCUAUGUGCUGAUGGCGUCGCUGGACCACAAGAUCAAGCUGUGGGACUACGACAAGCAGAAGGAGCUCAAGGUCUACACCGGCCACAAGAACGCACAGCACUGCAUAUUUGCGGCCUUCAGCGUGUCGGACGCCAAGGGCAAGUGGGUCAUCAGCGGCUCAGAAGAUUCCUCCAUCUGCAUCUGGCAUCUCAACGGGAAGCAGAACGCCCCCGGGGACGGCCACUGCGAUGCUGUGCUGGCAGUCGACGCGCACCCCACGCUGUCUGUCAUCGCGUCUGGCGCCCUGGAAAAGGACAGGACGGUGCGCGGUCCUGUUUCUUAA